CUCUCUCUACCUCUCUUUUCUCUCCUUUUCCUAUCUUCAUUUUCACCCUCAUUAUCCCAUCUUCAUUAAUUUGCUUCUAGCUAGGUUUCUGAAACAACCUUAAUACCUCAGAGGGCUAGCACAUUGUCUUGUUUUCCCAUAAGAACAUGAAAGAGAAUGGUAGAAAACUAGGUACCAUGUCGCCAUGUGCGGCAUGCAAGCUUCUUCGAAGGAGGUGCACGAGAGAUUGUGUGUUUGCUCCUUAUUUUCCUGCUGAUGAACCCCAGAAGUUUGGUAGUGUGCACAAGGUUUUCGGGGCUAGCAAUGUGAACAAAAUGCUACAGGAAUUACCUGAGCACCAAAGAAGUGAUGCAGUAAGUUCAAUGGUGUAUGAAGCAAAUGCAAGAGUGAGGGACCCUGUGUAUGGAUGUGUGGGAGCCAUUUCCUCACUCCAACAACAAGUUGAUGAGCUCCAAACCCAAUUGGCACUGGCACAAGCAGAGGUUGUUCACAUGAGAAUGAGCCAAUUCUCACCACCAUCAUCGGAUCAACACCACCACCGUCAAGCCUCCCUAAUGCCUCAUGAACCCUCCAAUUCAUCAUCAGAAAACAUGUUCCAAUCUAGCAGGGUCUUGUCUUCACAAAGCAAGUCUUUUUUUGGCAUGGACAUGGUCGUUGAUCAGACCAUCAUGGGGCAAUCUUUGUGGUCAUACUAGCUUCUCUCAUGGCAUGCAUGCCUUCACUUUCUUCAUUUUCCUGUUGUCAUUAUUACAUUAUCACGGGCUUGCUUUAUUGUCUGCCUCGUUACCACUUUUUCUCUGCUUUGUUUCCCUCACUAUCAUAUAUCUUUACCUUAGUCUCUUCUCAUGACUCAAAGGACAUCCAUCUAUCUCUCUGCAUUACCAAGAGAUGAUCAUGAUGAUUAGUUAGUCCUAGUGUAAAUGUCUAAACUUGUAAUUAUGAGUAAUCAUAUAAUUAGUAUUAAGUUGACUAUACUUUUUCA